AUGAAUGACCAAGUUGGCCCCAAGUAUCAGGAGGUACAAAGCUAUCAAAGAAAUAAACAAGGGCCGUAUACUGUGAUCCCUAUGAUUGAGAAGACACUGUAUGUUGAUACUGUAAAUACUACCAAAACAUCAUGUCUAAAUUCAAGCUCUUUGUAUACCCAAGAACGAGUAGACUCUGCUGUUGAGAUCAAUCGGACCCUAUUAAAGAGAAGUGGGAUGGAACAAAUGUCUACAGAAGAGUCUUUGUUUCAAGAUAUCAAAUAUCUGACUAAUUUUGAGAGCAAUGGCGUCUCAGAACCUGCAGUAUUGGAGUCUGCUGAAGAUAGUUCAUCUUCAUUUUCUGACAUAUCCCAUAUUAGAGGCCAAGUAGUUGCAGUGGAGGACUCCCAGCUAGGAAUUGAUACGAGGAGUGAUGACAUUAUGAAAGGGGAUCCAGGAAAUGCUAGCAUUAUUGUAGUACAGUCUCCUCUUCCCCCACCUUUACCAAAAUCACCUUCCCAGUCUUGGCUCUCAUCGACACUCUCUUCAACUCCUUCACAGAAAUCAGUCUCCACUGGUACCAAAAGGCCGAGUUCCAAAACUUCCUCUGCUGGUACCAAGUGGGAAACCAUUGUAAAGACUUCCAAUUUGCACCAUGAUCAUGUGCGCUACUCCGCGGUAAUCACUGUUGGAGAAAAGAGAUCUCACAUCUAA